AUGAAAAAAAAAAAAAAAAAAAAAAAAAGGAAGUACAUUUUUUUUGGUGUCAUCUAUCGAAGUCCAAUAUAUAUGGCUAUAUUUGAUGAUUUAAUACGAUUAGAAAGGUUUCAGAUAAAUAAUAGAAAGCCAUUAUUAUUAUUGUUAUUAAGUUACUAA